CUUUAAGAGCUUCGGUAUAUAGAAAAGAAUUCUUUAUCAAAUUCAAUAUUCAAUUGAAAUUUAUUUCACUUUCCCCAAGCACCCUCUUCCGCCCAAUAACAAGAGAAAAGGGGUCCCAGCGUAAGGAGCCACUCCUCUCCCUCCUUAAUGGCUCGAGCAGGACGAGCAAUCUCCGUUUUCGUAGUACUACUAUCGAGGCGGGCUAGCCGGACUAUCAGACCCAGACCCCUCAUAGAGAGUCAAGUCGAGACCAAAGGCGAGUUCCCCCAUGAAGUCUGGACUGCCCCUCCCCGUCAGAGGAGUAUUGUACAUUUACCUCAAAGAUAUGGAUAGGUCAACCGCUGCAGGGGAAAGAGAAACAGAUGGGAAAUGAGCAUAUCACGAUCAUUCCUCUAUUCCCUCUGGUCCACCCGAUAUCCAUUCCUUAUAUCUCGGCUGGCCAGUACCCAUAUUUGCCAUAUUUCCCAUGCAUCCCUCCUUCCUCGGAUCCACCCCUCCACGUUGCAUUCCUUGCCCCGCCGAUGAAUUACCCCUAGUGAAGACACUCUGGUUUGAAAGGGGCCACUCUCUAGCUCUAGCUAUGAUCUAAUUUGCUAUGUCCUCAUUCCAUCGGUGGAGAAUCCGCUUUCUAUUCCACUCGUCGAUUUAUCUAUUUAUGAUUGAGCUAACUGACUGAAACCUUUCCACUGCGGUGGGAUCUAGAUGGCUGGUGGAUCAACGGCGAGCCGUUCAACCAGGGAUCUAUCCAUAGUUUUGUGUCAGUUCCCGUUCUAAUGAAGUAAGAGAUCCCCUUAAGGACUAUCUAUUUGGCCGCUCUGACCUCCAGUCGAAGGAGGCGGAUAACUGUAGCCCGCUAACGGUGAUUCCUGUGGGAAGCACUUAUCCUUAUCUUUCAUUACCUGAGCAGGCACUCUACUCUGGCUUAGUGACCAGUCUCCAGAGUUUCCAUAAAAGCUCCAGUUUUCCAGAUGGAGCUACAAAUAGGAGGAUGGGAAGGUACGACUAAUUUCACUGUGGCGCCCCUAGACGAUUUCAAGGUCGUCUUAGGGAUAGGAUCGAGUUCUUGGAUACCAAACCAAAGCCGUCCCUACGCCAUAUUUAGGCACCUUAGGCAUCAUGGAUGAAGGAAGACCAGGCAUGAUUCCAAGUCUUAAUGUGAAGACUAGUGUUCCCACUUUAUCCGCCUUGCAGCUUGUCAAGGGAGUCAAGUCAAGAAGGACGAAGAAACCUUUGUGGCCCACCAUUUGUUAAACCCCCCUCUUCUCGGGCGAUAGGGCUUCCUCUUUAGACUCCGAGGCUCGAGUUUCUUUGUCGGUCGUAAUUGUUAUUACCCUCGUGUAGUACGGCAGGCAGAAGAUAUUUUAUUUAUAUGAUAGUCACGUUGAAAGUCUUACCUAAACUCUUCUGACUAAAUAUGAUAAAGCCUCUAAAAAAAUAUUAACUACAUACCUCAGCAGAACAUAAUCCAGAGCUUGGGCAAAGUGGGGACUCUGCGUGCCCUGAUUGGCGAGUUCUAAAUAGAUCGAUCUGGUUUAGCCAGUGAAUGUUGUCGACGCUAAAAAAAACACGUUCGGCUACCUUGGGGAUUGACUCCUGUUGGUAAGUUCACAUCUCCAGUAGUAUCCUUAUAGACUCUAAACAGAAUUUCUAUCUUGGAAACGAUUUUUUUGUUCUUUACUUUAAGUGUAGCUAUUGUUAAAUCAUUUACUUUUUCCUCGAAAUUAAUGAAAUUGACGUCUCCUUAGCUUCCCUAACUGCUGCUGUUCAAUCCGUCCCUGUGAUGUUCCAAGGCGAAGAACUUAUACAUACAGUAGAGAGUCAUAUUUGACUAAACUAAUAGGCCAAUCAGCAUAAUAGCCUUUAAGGCUAUCGAAGAAGAGAAGAGCUAAAAUGUAUCUACGCCAUCACCCUUAUGCCGUAGAUCUUCUUAGAGAUCCAAUCAUGUUUAACCAUUCUACUGGGGAAUCUUCCGUAGACUUCCGUUCAGACUGACUUUUAAGGGCACUUAAACCAUACUUGAAUGGAAAUCUCUGGUUCGGUAGAUAGCCUCUUCGAGUGACUACACGUACCUAACCAGCUUGUGGGUUAGUGACUUCGUACCUAUCAAAGUCAAGGAGCGAAAAGCUACUCGACUAGAAGGAGAGGGCUGCCUUAGAAAGGCCCCUAUCUUAUAGGACUAAAACGGAUUGAUCUCAAAUUCCAGUAGUACCGUAUGAGAAGAUAAUAAACAGGUGAUGGUGGUCAUGGUAAUCUCAGAUACUUUUUAGAUGUAGUUUGUUGUGGUAAUGGGAAAUAUUGGAACAUGCUUUGCUUCCUGUUUGGUGGAAUCAAAGCGAGUUUAGUGGUAAGUUUCUUUUCUAUUGUGGAAGCCAGAGGGUGAUCCUAGAACAAAGCAUGCUUUCUUAUCAUUCUGUCUGUGCCCAUAAUGUCCAAAUCAUGGUCCAUGGAUACCCAUUUGUUACUGAUUUGGCAACAUUGUUUAAAACUCUAGGAUCCAUGCCAUCACAUAUAAGGAGCCUAUCUUCUGCAAAGCAUGUUAGUCUUUCUGCACUAACCCUUCCUACUGUUAUGUGUAAGAUUUAAUAAUGGAAUAAUUUAUUUGAAUUUCCAUUUGUGACUUGUGAAUUGAUAAAUGUAAGAUUUAACAGCUCUCCUACACAUCCUAAAAUGAACGUUUCAAAAAGUACGUUCACAGAAACAAGUGUUUUAAGCAACAAACACUGUUGCAAUGGUAAUCAAGCAUUCAGUAGUCAGUACCCAUAUCCAUACUCCAGUAAAUGUGUAGGCUCUGGUGAAAUCUGAAAAAUAUCAGCACAAUCCAUACCAAAUGCGGAUUCAAUCCUCGGGGGUACAAGUGAAUCACAGCACCCAGUGCACACAAACUGCAGUGGCACUGUCUCAGAAUCAUCUAUACCACAACAUCGUGUAUGCUGCCAUACCUCACAAAUGUCACAAGACACCAUUUUUUUUAUCCCCAUCAUCAUCUUGAGCUCCACAUUCACAUCUCACCUUUCAGUUGUCAGCCCCACCCUGAGACUUCAAAGGAGUACACAAGUCUAUAGCAAUUCCCCUCACACAAAGCUCCACACCUGACUGGAUUAACCCAAAGAGCACUUCCUCAUCACUCACACCCAUCAAUUCUGUGAUGUCUGUCACUAUAAGCCUUUCUGCAAUGCAGUAAGUUUCCCUCAGUGCAGCCUCAGCAGCUUGCUUCAAAUCUCCAACAGUUGCAUGCAGUGGAACCAUGACAAUCUCACCACAAGGUGGCUCUCUCAACUCAGAUUUAAUGUCAACAAAAUUUGGUGUUAGCCUGCAAAUGAAUGUCAAUACCUGCUCCAUUUCAUCCAGUAGCCCCCACUCCUUCACAAAGUGCCUGCUGUCAGAAGUGAAAGGACAAAGGCAAGGAGCGUAGCGGGCAGGGUGACGGAUGAUGAAUCUUCCUCCUCUCUCCAGCCUAUUGUUUUCGGAGCAGGUAGAAUACUAGAAGAAGGGUAUGGGAUAGAUCCUAUUCCCGGAAUUAGCCAUCUCCCCCUGUCUUGAAUCGCCUGGUGUUUUUUGUUUCUUUGCCUGGGUAAGAGCUUGACGCCGCCCUUUCGACAAGAGAGUCAAUAUCGCUUAUUCCAUUCCAUCAACAGCUAACUCGAUGGGACUUGGGAAAGAAAUAAGGAAUUUCCUUUUUGCCUGGUAUUGAAUCAAUGGCUAAUGCUAUGUCCGGACCGCCUUUCGCUUAGUUGUCCUUUCUACUAUCACUUCCUUUAGCAGUUCCGGAACAUCUAUAGUAAAGUAUGCUAUAAUGUCGGCAAUUUGAUCUGCGACACUUGUACCCCCCGCUUGCCAAAAAGCUAUAGUCAACUGAACUUUCACUUCACUCGAAAAAGGAAUUCUGCAUUGAACUUAAGUUUCAGUUCCUUCUUUCUGAUCCGCCCUAAGGUAGGGUGCUCCCUCUAUCUCCGCACUAUAGGACAGGAAGGUUCUCUCUUCUUAGGUGCUGGCUUUCGCUUUCCCAGAACAAAAGAACAAGGAUUUAUACGACCGGCCCUAGAGUACCGCAAGGGAAAGAUAUUCUAAGAAGCACAAGAGCUGGUACCUAAGCCAGUGCCAGCUUCUAGUUCCAGUCUAGCGGAUCAAAGAAUCUUUCCUUCGCCCUUUGUGGCUGCUAGUGAAGUGGCAACUGGAUUGCCUAGUGAAAUGCUAUCUCGAUUGAAGCUAGAUAGGUCAGUGAAUUGUUAGCCAGUUGCUUUUUUUCCCUUGACCUAACGACUUUCAUAGCAUAGCAGGAAGCCAGGCAUUGAUAGGCUUACGAGAUCGCAAGGUAAAGGAGUUUAUGUUGGACGGUCUGAUGGUGUACCGGAAUAAAAAAAAGGAUUUUCAUCGAUGACUUAGAGCUAAAAGCGGGCGUGCUCCUAUUGAUAAUACGCUCCCACUUGGCUUUAGUCCACCCGGCAUAACCGCAUUUCAACCAACCGACUUCCAGAUGGAUGAAAACCCAUGAUCUCAGGUUCGAACUCAUUAUCAUAGUAUGGGCUUCGGUUCGGAACUCUGAAUCGAUCAAUCAAAUGGGACUACUCCGAUCUUCGCAUCGGUGAAAUAACGCAUAAUAGAUAGACCUGGAAAUCGAUGCUUUCUGGCUCCUCACUUCCGGCUUGAUUAAGAGGUUGAGGGCGCCUCCCCUCUCUUUUACUUUAAAGAUACUUUACCCGAAGGAGAUAGAAAGAGAGGAGAACAAGUCACUUAUUUUCUUUCACUAUUCCCAUCAAGCCUUGGGUUAUCUUGAUGCUUUCAUUUCCCUCAACCUGAGUAAGCUGGUCCCCCCAUCUCUAAAUACAAACUUCUUCAAGUUCGCGUUGUUUACCUUGGUCGGAAAUCAGGGUGGAUCAAAGGGUUCCUUCGGAGCAAAUAAAUCUUGCGUUGCUUUAUUAAGGAGCUCCCCACAUUCGCACGGGCUGGGGACAUGAUGAGAGCAGCAAACAUGGCUCUGGAAUGUGUCCCUUACCACCCUA